AUGGCUCCAAGUUUUGUUAGUGAUGAAAACUCACUAUUCAACUUUGUUGUCAGGGAUGGCAAUGGCGUGAAGGGAAUGGUAGACUUAGGCCUAUCCAAAGUACCUGAACAAUACAUACAACCACCACAUGAGCGUAUAGUGAAGCUUAAUGCAAACUCACAAAAUGAGCACACGCCAAUUGAUCUGUCAAAGCUUGAUGGGGUUGAUCAUGAACAAGUGGCUAAUGAGAUCGUUAAUGCUGCCGAGGUUCUUGGGUUCUUUCAAGUUGUGAACCAUGGCCUGCCCCUGGAGUUGCUGGAGUCUCUGAAAGAUGCUGCAAACAAGUUUUUUGCGCAAGCUCCGGAAAAGAAAGCUGCUUACCGGAAAGGUGUGAGCCCGAGCCCGUAUGUGAAGUACGGAACGAGCUUUGUGCCGGAGAAAGAGACGGCAUUAGAGUGGAAGGACUAUGUUAGCAUGGUGUACUCUAAUGAUGUUGAAGCUCUCAGUUACUGGCCUAAUGAGUGCAAGGAAGUUGCACUUGAGUACCUAAAAACAUCAAUUCACAUGGUAAAGAAAAUUGUGAAUAUUUUGAUUGAGAAGCUAGGAGUGACAAUCGAAGACUCGAAACUAGAUGCACUCAUUGGGUUAAAGAUUGUGAACAUGAACUAUUAUCCAACAUGCCCUAAUCCGGAGCUCACUGUUGGAGUUGGGCGUCACUCGGACAUGGGCACUUUAACCGUUUUACUGCAAGAUGGAAUUGGUGGUUUGUAUGUCAAAGUUGAAGAUUACAUGAAUGCUGGAAAGAAAGGAGAGUGGAUUGAGAUCCCUCCUGUCCCUGGAGCUCUGGUCAUAAACGUUGGUGAUACAUUACAGAUAAUUAGUAAUGGGAAGUACAAGAGUGCGGAACACAGAGUCCGAACCACAAGCGGUCAAUCAAGAGUGUCUAUUCCAAUAUUUUGUACUCCAAAUCCAACAGAAAUGAUUGGGCCGCUGCCGGAGUUGGUGGCGCGUGAUGGAGUUGCUCGUUACCGUGACAUGGUGUUCGGAGAUUAUAUGAACAACUUUUUUGGCAAUGCACAUGAGGGCAAGAAGUCUCUUGAUUAUGCGCAAAUUAACUAG